AUGCCGUCUCUAAAUAUCAAGUCCGUUCAUGGCGGCAGCAACAGUGCCAAUAGCAGCAGCAGCAAUGGUGGAAACAGUCAUUUCCCUCAGAAGCUCAAGAAUUUUUUCCGCAUCAACAACUUCUCGUCCGAGCACGGCCACAACGAAAAAAACGUACACGAGAGGAGUGAAAAGGGGGACCGCAGCGACAAGAGCGAAAAGUCGGACAAGGGCACGUCCUUCCGACAGUCCAAGUUCUUCUCUGUCGGCCGCCUGCGAUCGACCACCGUCGCCAGCGAGGGCAACCCCCUGGAAGAGGCCUUGAGCCCUACCGUGCUCGCGAACCCCUACUUUGCCCACCAGGGCCAGCCGGGUAUCCGCCACCAUAAUGAGGGGUCGGAGCCGCCAAGCCCGCCAGAGUCCCCGCAGGUGACAGCGCUGGCGAACGGGGCCAGCAGCCCGUUGGGGCCGGGGGCCACAAACGGCGACCGGGCUACGGCGGCCUCCAAGGAAGAACUGGCCCGCAAGCUGCGGCGCGUAGCCAGUGCUCCCAACGCACAGGGCUUGUUCCACAAGGGCACCAGUCAUGGCCCUUCUUCGCUAGGGCCGAACGCCAACAAGGACAGUUCUGAGCGUCCAGUCACGGCUGAGCUCGGCAAGGAGCCUGUCCUGACGAACAAAACCGGCAGCACCGUCGGAUUGCAGGCGGCCAUCAGCAACGGCUCCGUCGACAGCAGCACUGAUGCUGCCUACAACGGUAUGAUGCUGGGCACGAUGAGCGACAUUGACGAGCUCAGUGCUCUCCCACCGCCGGGCCGCUCUCCACUCACCUUCCGGCGGACGUACAGCUCCAACUCGAUCAAGGUGCGCGACGUCGAAGUUGGCCCCCAGAGCUUUGACAAGAUCAAGCUCAUCGGAAAGGGCGACGUCGGCAAGGUCUAUCUGGUGCGCGAGAAGAAGAGCGCGCGGCUCUACGCUAUGAAAGUUCUGAGCAAGAAGGAAAUGAUCAAGCGCAACAAGAUCAAGCGGGCCUUGGCUGAGCAGGAGAUCCUGGCCACGAGCAACCACCCGUUCAUCGUGACGCUCUACCACUCCUUCCAGUCCGAGGAUUACCUGUACCUGUGCAUGGAGUACUGUAGCGGCGGAGAAUUUUUCCGCGCACUGCAGACGCGCCCUGGCAAGUGCAUUCCCGAGGACGACGCUCGCUUCUACGCUGCCGAGGUCACAGCGGCCCUCGAGUAUCUGCACCUGAUGGGCUUCAUCUACCGUGAUCUGAAGCCAGAGAACAUUCUCUUGCACCAGUCCGGUCACAUUAUGCUUUCCGACUUUGACCUGUCGAAGCAGUCCGACUCGGGCGGCAAGCCGACGAUGAUUGUCGGCAAGAAUGGCGCAAGCACGUCGUCGCUGCCAACCAUUGACACCAAAUCGUGCAUUGCCAAUUUCCGCACCAACUCAUUUGUCGGCACGGAGGAAUACAUUGCACCCGAGGUCAUCAAGGGCAGCGGUCACACCAGUGCUGUUGAUUGGUGGACGCUGGGCAUUCUGAUCUACGAGAUGCUUUACGGGACAACGCCUUUUAAGGGCAAGAACCGCAAUGCCACGUUUGCUAAUAUCUUGCGGGAGGAGAUUCCAUUCCCAGACCACUCAAGCGCACCCCAGAUUUCCAAUCUUUGUAAAUCCCUGAUCCGAAAACUGCUCAUCAAGGAUGAGAACCGCCGACUGGGAGCGCGGGCUGGUGCCUCUGACAUUAAGGCACACCCGUUCUUCCGCACGACGCAAUGGGCACUGAUUAGGCACAUGAAGCCACCGAUUGUGCCGCACCAGGGCAAGGACAUUGACACGGUCAAUUUCCGCAACGUCAAGGAGAGCGAGAGUGUGGACAUCAGCGGGUCGCGGCCUAUGAAGGGCGUCCCACUCGAAAGCAGCUUAGCGACGCCGGGAGGCGAGCUAGUUGAUCCGUUUGAGGAAUUCAACAGCGUGACCUUGCAUCACGACGGAGACGACGACCCGGGUUACUCAUAG